UUCUUCAUCAAUCAUCAUCGUGUCGUCCUCGACCUCGUCUUCGUCGCGGGCUGCUCCGCGGAUAAGAAGAAGAAGUUGGUCGUCGGGUCAUCGAAGACGAAGAGAGAGAGAGAGAUGCUCGCGAUUCAAUCUCGAGUGCUCUUGGCGGUCGCUCGCUGCUCGUCGUCUUCUCCGAAUCGCCCUUCCGCGAACGCUCUCUCAACCCUGUGAAGUGCUUGUAGCUGGAGUUUAGGAUGCUCUGUUCUCUUCAGGGGGGUUUCCGGCAAUCUUAAAGGCGUGUCUUCGAAUAUGGCAUCGUCCCACUCUGAUUCCGCGAAGAUGGAGCAGAUAAUUACCGAAUUCUAUGCAAAGAGUCUACACAUAAUACUCGAAUCAAGGACCCCUUACAUUUCUUCCCGGAAUUUGAGCGGUGAACAGACCAUGUCUUCCCCAUCUUCCUCCUCUUCUUCCUCGUCAAGUGUGAGGUCGAGAGAUAAAUGGUUCAAUUUAGCUCUUAGAGAAUGCCCUGAAGCGUUGGAGAAUCUUGAUCUUUGGCGCCAAAGCAAUCUUGAACCUAUGGUUGUUGAUGUUGUUUUGGUGAAGAGAGCGAUUAACUGGGACCCAGCCAAUUUUUAUCCCAAGACGGAACUGUUCAAGAAUUUGUCGUCGAAAGAACCGCAUUCGAAUUGCUGGAACUCUGACCAGGAGGAGCUAGGAAAUGGAAGGAGUGAAAAGAUAAUAGAAAGAUGGACAGUGCAGUAUGAGGUGAGGAAGGCCAAGGGUGCUGGCAAGGGGAGCAAAAGAUCAAGCAGUAAUAUCUUGUCAUUUUAUAAUAAGUUGAUGUUGCUCUUAAGAUCCGUAUACCUAACUGUCCGGCUCUUGCCAGCAUAUAAAAUAUUUCGGGACCUGAAUUUGACUGGUCAAAUUCGCUCUUUCUCCCUGGCUCAUCGGGUUUCUUCUUUUGUUGAGCCCUUCACCCGCAGAGAAGAGGCUGAAAUGCAGCGAUUUGUGUUCGCCCCUGUGGAUACUUCAUCCGGUAGGCUUUGCCUUUCAGUGUUGUAUCGAUCAUCAUUAUCUGAUGUGAGUUCCGGGGCAUCUACCCCAAUGUCCCCCCAAGUUAUACCAGAUUAUGUGGGCAGCCCAUUAGCUGACCCGCUUAAGAGAUUCCCGUCACUCCCUGUAUCUUGUGGCUCCCCCUCGUCAUUGCCAUUCUCAAGGAGACACAGUUGGAGUUUUGAUCAAUACCGUGCCUCUCCGCCUUCCGUCACUUUCUUGCCUUCACCAACCCAUUCCGAACCUUAUGCUUCAGCUUCUAACCCCAGUUCUCGUCGGUUCCUCCCUCCAGGUUUGCCACCUCACCCACCCGAAGUAUCUCAUGCUCAUAAGGAUAAUGCUAGCUUUGAUGAAUACUAUCCUUCACCGACCUUUUCUCCUUCUCCCUCACCCUCCCCGCCCAUUUUUGUACCUGGGAGUCAUCUUUCAAGGGAUCUUUUACGAUCUGAGAGUGCUCCAGUUAAUAUACUUGCAACAAAGUUUCUUAAUUCCCCUACGUUAUUCAAGAACCAAAAUCUCCCUCCAUCACCUCCUCUCAGAGGUACAAGAUAUGGCCCUUCAAUGGCGAAUAAAAGUACGUGUCCUAGCCGUGAUGGCGCAACGGUUGACAAGAUGUCCUCAGUUGGAAGGGAUGACAUGGGAAGAUAUUCUGGGUCAAAAAUAUCAUCAGGAAAUUCAGCACAUAUCUCCUAUUCCAGAAGCUCCUGCAGGUCUUUCCAUGAUGAUUCUGAUGAGUAUGAGUACACUUGCCCAUUCGAUGUGGAGGAUGAUGAUGUGACUGAUCCAGGUAGCAGAGCGGAUUUAUUUGAUAAAAGAAGACAUGCGCAUGAUCCACUGCAGUCUGGUUCAUUUUUGCCAAUCAGAAAGUCUCCGGGUGCUGCUGUUGGAGCUCUUGUGGAUAUGUUGAAAAAAGCUCCUCCUCUUCACCAAGACUUCUCAAAUUUGGCAACAGCUUCACAAGCCUCCAGAUCUGAGACCUGGAGCAACAGCUUUCAUGAGCAUUGUCAGACACCUAAAGCCAUUUCAGCUCAGGAUGGCACUUCAAGCGUUGCAUCCUCUGCUCUUCUCGCAUCUAAGACAACAACUGAUGCUUUAGAAGAACUCAAGGUUUAUAGGGAGAUGAGGAAUUUAUUGCUUUCUCAAGGGGGUACUGGUAGGUCACAGAGCCUGCCCAACAAUGCUGCUGCUGCUGCUGUAGAAUCUGCCGGUAGAGGUACUGUGAAAUUUUAGCAGAGGUACCUGUGGAAUACACUGCUGACCGAUCUCAAAUCUUUUUACACGUACAGACAAGCAUUAUGAGUUUGAGUGGGCAGCUGAGUUCUACUGUUUAUAUUUAAUCGGUACAUACUUAUUACCUGCAAUUGGAGAUACUGACCGGUGCUUCCGUUUUGCCACAUGAUGAAUCGGCAUGGAGGAGUAUACCCUACUUUGUACAGAGAACUUACCUUAUUGCUAUGUUUUUCUGAAUUAUGGUUUCAAUCUGCUGCUGGUGUGAUUAUAAGCAGAUUGUUAUGUUGAUUGUUACAUCUGUCGAUAGUGUAUUUAGAGUGCAUGCUGGUGUAUAUUCUGAAAUGUAAACAGAAACUAAUCGUGCGCAACUAUAGUGCCCAAUAUAUACGAAAUUUUGCCUUCA